ACAGUGGAAAUCAUUUCUCCCAUUGUGACGAACUGUGUGACAAACAAUAAAAACGACUUAAAUAGUAAUUCAACUAAUUGGCCCAAUACAUAUGCUCGCAGAUUUUAAAUGUUGUUUUUAUCCCAUGCGAUAACCUUCGCACAUUUGUGAGUUGGGACCGCACUUUUAACACACGCGCAAGACUUUCACUUUUUUUUGCAAAAGAGACGAUAAAAAAUUAAAGCAACAACAAUUACCAAACGACCACAUCGUCGUCGUUGCGAAGAAAGGAGAAGAGAGAGGAGCACAAAAGAAAGAAAAUGAAAAGCCGAUCAGCAGACAACUGAAAGACCACUCUGGAAAAGUUAAACAUUCUGUUGAAAAUAGUAAAUACUUGCAUAUAUAAACAAAACGAGGUCGUGCUUCAAGAAAAGAAAUGAAGCAGGCGAUAACAACAAUAACAAAACAACGAAUGGCUGUGUGAGUGUGUGCGUGUAUGCGUCUGGGGAGUGUGUGUGUGAGUGACUGUCCGUCUGUCUGUCGUGUCUGUGUGUGUUUGUAAAGGGACAUAGAAGUUGUCCCUCUUUAUGUGCGUGUGUGUGUGUACGUGGUAAACGAAUUUGGGUCAAUUUGGAAUUUUGAGUGAAAACAAAAACUGCGUUCUGCAAUUGUGCAUUUCACCAGCACAAUCGAGACAAACGAUAGAAAAAUACAAAACAAAAUGGACAACAACAUAAUCAGAACGCAAGCUACACAACAACAGCAACCACAACAAACUUCGCGCAGCUCGCCGCUAAGCGUUGUUAAUCUUGGCGGCCCAAAUGCCACAGGCUCCGCAGCUGGCGUUCUGUUGGCUGGCGAAACGACAACAACUGACACAAUCAGUACCACGGGAAGCGGCAGCAGCAACAAUAACAAUAACAACAGCAGUAACAAGCGAAUAAGCGGAAAGAACAACAGCGGCCAUCAACGCAGCCAUAGCAUAACAAAUGCAGCAGCCACAUCGUUUGUCAAUCUACUCGAUGGCUUCACCUCACGUGUCUCCACGGCGGUCAGCGUUGCCAACAGCAGCAGCAGCGCCAUGGAGCGAAGUCACAGCGCAGCCAGCACGCCGAGCUCAACGCAUUCGGGAGUCGGAUUGUCGGGAAUUGGAGUUGGAGGAGUUGGCGGCAUUGGUGCCGGUUCGAUUGCUAGUCUUACGAGCAUGGGCUCGCUGGGUACCACAGCUAAUGCAUUUUACUCCUCAAUAGGCAGCGCUCUCAAUUCCCUCACGUCGCCCAUUACGGCCGCAGCUGCAGCGGCGACUGCGACCACUACUGAGGUGGUUGUGGCCGCCGCAUCCGCAAUUACAAAUCAUUUGAGUUCACCCACUAGCGGGACACCGCCGCAUGGUUUGGGCGGUGGCAAUGAUUGCGAGGACUGUGACGAUGGCGACGAGGAGGAUGAGGAUGAUGCGGUCGAUAAUGAUGGGCACAUUGCGGCACCGACACCAUCCAAAACGUGGGCGGAAAACAAAUCGUUUGUGCAGGAAAUACGUAAGGAUUUGUCGAAUCUGUCGACGAUGGUGCCAACGAAUGUGCAAUUCCGUCAUCUGUCCGAUGGCCGGGCCCGGUGUUAUUUCCUUAGCACGCCGCCACAUACGUGGGAGACAACACUGAUAUAUACCGACAUCAAUCUAAUGCAGCAGGACGAGCAGCAAUUGCUGUUGCAGCAGCUGGGAGGCGACAUUGAGCAGUCCAACGUUGGCAGCCCGCGAAGUGGCGGUACAUCGCCCACCAUCAACAUGCCCACGUUUCAUUUCGGUGCACAACCCAAGCCCAUGCUGGAUUGGCAACCCUUGCUGCAGCAGCCUAUUCCCAGCAGUCACGUGGGCAGCGGCAGCUCUUGUCCCUAUGCCAAGGAGUUUCAGCUGCUGCUGGAGCGGAAGCGGCUGCCCACAUGGGGCAUCACAUCGUACGAGCUGCACAAACCCAGCGGCAAGAUAGUCUUUCCCUGUUUCAACGAUCUAUAUCAGUGCCUGGACACGGGUUACAAUUCUAGCCUGCUGUUUCCAACGCAGCUGCGCACGUGUCCCGAGUGGAGUGCACUGGAUCCGCAAAUCUGCCCACAGAACUCGGAUCUGAUUGCGUACAUCAGUGACUGUGAUAUUUGGGUAACGCACACUCUCAGCGGUCAUGAGAAGCGUCUGACAUUCACGAGAAGCGGACGUCGCACCUACGCAGACGAUGCUUUAAGCGCCGGUGUGCCAUCAUAUGUGAUGCAGGAGGAAUUCAGUCGCUAUCAGGGCUAUUGGUGGCAACCGCAUUCGGAUGAUGGCAUCUAUCGUAUUGUUUACGAGGAGGUGGAUGAAACCGACGUCUCUCUGUACACGUUCCCAUCGUCGACAGCGGUGCCUGGCGAGGUGGACGAGUAUCGUUUUCCUCGCAGCGGCACACCGAAUGCCAAGUCCAAGCUGAAGCUUGUGCAGUUUGUGCUCAAUGAGGCGCUGCAAAUCAGUGAGAUUAGCAUCAAAGAUUUACCAUAUUCACUGCUCGUAGUAUUUCCAUGGCUGGAGUACAUUGUUCGUGUGGGCUGGACGCCAGAUGCCAACUAUGUUUGGCUUCAGGGACUGGAUCGUAAGCAACAACGGCUGGAUGUCAUACUGAUACCACUGGACAACUUUUGUGAGUCCUACAGCAGUCAGGUGUCUACACCAACAGAUUCAAUUGGAGACCACAGUUGGCGGAGUCCAUACAAUCGAACAAUAACGCCACUGCAAGUCAUCUAUACGGAGCAAUCGGAGAGCUGGAUUAAUGUCCAUGACAUGCUAUACUUCCUAGAGAUUAGCGACAUAAGUGCAACAUAUGUCUGGGCCUCAGAAGAGACGGGCUUCAGGCAUUUGUAUCUGGUCACGUCUAGCCUGUUGCUUUCCCAUGUUAAUGGCUGCCAAACAGACGGAAGUGCUAUGACUGCCCAGCAGGCGCAGCCGAAUUUUGUAGAACCUUCUGCGCUACAACCGAGAAUAGUGAAUAAAGUCGCACUGACAAGCGGUGAAUGGGAGGUGUUGGCACGCAAUUUGUGGGUCGAUAAACCCAAUCAGCUGGUAUAUUUUGUUGGAUUGCGUGAUACGCCGUUGGAGAAGCAUCUGUACGUGGUUAGUUUGCAACGCCCGGAGCAUAUACGUCUGCUCACCGAACCUGGCUAUUCAUAUCUAGUGGAAUUUGAUGAUCAAUGUCAACUAAUGCUGCUAGUCUAUUGUAAUAUCCAACGAUUGCCAAGCUGUAAGGUGAUGCGUUUGGCGCAAACCUGCCAGAAUGGUGGUGUCAAUGGUAUUCAGAUUUCAUUGGUUGGCUUUCUUCACGAGGGCGGCAAACCGGAGCCGCAAUAUUGCCCACAAAUCUUUCGACCUCAAUUGCCAUCGGGGGAAAUUGUCUAUGGCAUGGUCUUUAAGCCACACAACUUUCAACUCGGCGUCAAAUAUCCAACGGUGCUCAAUGUUUAUGGUGGUCCCGAAGUGCAAACCGUCAACAAUACCUUCAAGGGUAAACAUCAAUUACGUAUGCACAUGCUGGCAGCUCAGGGCUAUUGUGUAAUUUGUAUAGAUUCCCGUGGCUCCAGACAUCGAGGCAUACGUUUUGAGAGUCAUAUACGUGGUCGCAUGGGUCAGGUGGAGCUCACGGAUCAAGUGGAUGCUUUGCGCAUUCUGUCUGAUCAAUUGGGUUACAUUGACAUGGAUCGCGUUGCCAUACAUGGCUGGUCCUAUGGUGGCUAUUUGAGUCUGAUGGGAUUGGUACAGUAUCCGGAAAUAUUUAAGGUAGCUAUCGCUGGUGCACCGGUAACUAAUUGGGAGUUUUACGAUACUGGCUAUACGGAACGAUAUAUGGAUCUGCCGCAGUUUAAUGAAGCUGGUUACACGGCAGGCUCUGUGCUCAACUACGUGCAUUCAUUUCCCGAAGAGGAUAAUCGUCUGCUGCUCAUCCAUGGUCUAAUCGAUGAGAAUGUCCACUUUUAUCACACCUCACGACUGAUCAGCGCAUUAAACAAAGCCAAUAAACCCUAUUCGCUUCAUCUCUUCCCCGAGGAGCGACAUUCUUUGCGCAAUUUGGAAUCGAAUAAGAACUAUGAAACAAAGUUAUUAUCAUUCUUGCAAAACUUAUGAGAUUCAUAAAUCGCGUUAAUCCCGUUCUAUAUCAAAUAUCGUAACGUAUUCGUUGUUUUUUAAAAAUCGUGAAAUCGGACAUAAAUCGGAAAACAUAUUUUACACUUUUUCCUGCAAUAUAUUUCAUUACAAAAACAAAAAUACAAAAAAUAAACAAAACAGUCGAUGAACUAACACAAAAACAACAACAAACCUUUGCCCUGCCUCCGUUAAAAUACUGUUUUACUCAGAUAUUCACUGUAAUUAAUUUAUGAAUCUAUUACUAUAUUAUUUUUUCAUUACACAUACUCUUAAUUAAUAUUUAAUUGUGUUAUCUCUGCACAAGUGUAUAUUUUUUUAAACUAAGUCGUAAGAUUUCUGAAUGUUUUUAUAUAUGCAUAUAUUCAUACCAAGACGCGUCUUAUCCCUCACAAAGCCUAAUUCUAAAAUGUCAUGCUUCUCGUGCUGGCCAUCAAUUAAUUAUAUAGUUUCUACUUAUAUUAUAUGAACGAUUGUAUAUCUCCUAAUAAUUGGUAAAUACCAUGCAAUAUAUGUAUAUUUAAAUGAGUUAAAAAAUAAUGAAAAAAAAUAAAAACAAAACCGAAAAAAAAAUAAAUAAAAAUAAACCUCUGGCUGAAGCAAAUACAUGAAAUUA